UGUUUGGUGUGUGUGUGUUUUUGGACUGGUGCAGGUCGGUCAACACGUGGGGAGGAGAGCUUGACUUUGUAGAGGAAUUCUGUGGAAGAACUUGCACUCUUGUGUCGGUCCGAACCGAAGGAUCCAGAACCGUGUUGUGAUUGCUGGUGCCUGGAGGAAAUGCAUCUGAGAUUUCGCUCUGUUGUUCCCUACACUUUGCCUGGAGUCCUUGCACUGAUCGGCUGGUGGUGGUACACCUCCCGGAAGAAAGAACGGUUCAUCAGCCAGGUGGUCUCUGAGGGGCCUCCAUCUGCUGAGAGCAAUAAAACUAUUCAAACCGAGGACAGAAAUGGAUUGGUUGAGAAAGACAAUGGCUUGUCCCCACUUGAAGAGGACAUGCCAAACCGCAGACCCCAGAAACUCAGCAACAAAGGAACUGAACAGGAACUUAUUUCUCAGAUCCACAUCCAGGACACUGAAGCAUCACCUUCAUCAGCAAAACUCUGUGAAGAUGCUUCUAAUUUUAGUGUCAGAAACCAAGGAGAGGAAGUCAAUAAAUCCUCAAACUUUGCUUUACUAUCAUCUAACAAAGAGGAUAUGUCAGAAGAUUUACGGGAAAACCCUAAAGACCCAGAUAAAGGCUCAUCCCUUGUCCCGAUCAGACAGCUGGAGGAACACCUUGACAAAGAUUCAGCAAAUGCUUCUGAAGCUCUAGAGGUCAAACAGUCCAGCCAUUCUACCAAAGCUAUUAUCUCCUCAUCUACAGCAGCACACCUUUCUGAUGCAGAGAGACCAGAACCAGAGGGAGAAGUAGCAACACAUCAAAAUACUGCUCAAACACAAGAAGAGAUGGCUGUCACCACAACCAAAGAGUGUAGGGUUGUUCAGUCAGAGGCAGACUCUCUGGAGUCUCCUUUGUCAGCGGAUUUACACAAACGCAUACUCACCAGUACCCCUACAGCUCUCACUUUCCCUGUCCAGGACUCCAGCACCCCAUGGCAGACCUCGGAGGAUAUCCAAAUAGAGAGGAGCACCCCAGAAGAGCAUAAUCUGGAGCUUCUGGCAGCUGGACUUAUAACCGAGGUCAUCUCGGCAGCCACCCAAGAAGUCCUUGGUGUCACCAGUUGCAAGGUCACACAGAAAAACCAAGUCAGCACCAGUAGCUGUGUACUACUGGCCAGUGAAAAGCCAUGCUCACACGAGGAGCCAAUACAGCAGCACAGCUGGCACCUGAGAGACUGUGGAGAGGUGGCAGAGAGACCAGGAGUGUCCAAGAGUAGCUCUAUAGCUGCAGCCGAGCUCACCGACAGAGUUCAGGAAACUAAUGGUGCACAGAGCAGCUCCAGGCCAACACAAGUGACAACAGUGCUGACCACAAAGCGAAGACGCAACGAAGACUCAGUCUGCAGCACCUGCCCCUCUGAGGACGGUGUCAGCAGUGAGGGCCUGCAGAGCAUCGUGUCUGAAAGCCAGGCUGAUCUGGCCCAGGUCUCAGACUUGUCUCCAAGAGAAGCAGUGCAGCUGGAGUCACUGGUGGAGACCAUGACUAAAGCAGCUGAGGAGGACUCUGUGUGUGUUCUAAGGAGACCAAAUGGGAUUGGCUCCAGGGAUGGAGCUCACCAGACAUGUGAGGUGGACACAGACCAGUCCGGAGGUUCUGAUGUUAACAGUAUGGACUCAGUGGACAGUGGGUGCACAAUGAGUGCCAGUGAGCACCAGGCUAACUGCGCUACCUCAUCCAACUCUGAACUCGUCAUCUGGGAGAUUGAGGUGCCAAAGCAUCUUGUUGGACGUCUGAUUGGGAGACAGGGCAGGUAUGUGAGUUUCCUGAAGCAGAGCUCUGGUGCAAAGAUCUACAUCUCCACUUUGCCUUACACACAGGAGUUCCAGAUCUGUCAUAUUGAGGGAGUGCAGCAGCAGGUGGACAAAGCUCUGUCACUUAUUGGAAAGAAGUUUAAAGACCUGGACUUGACCAACCUGUACGCCCCACCACCACCCCCACUCACUCUGCCGUCACUUCCCAUAACUUCCUGGCUCCUGCUUCCCAGUGGAGUUACGGUGGAAGUGAUCGUGGUUAACAUUGUGUCAGCUGGACACAUCUUCGUCCAGCAGCACACCCACCCCACCUACCAUGCUCUCCGAAGUCUGGACCAGCAGAUGUUCCUGUGCUACUCCCAGCCGGGUACCCCCGCCUUGCCCUCACCUGCAGAAGUCGGUGUGAUCUGUGCAGCUCCAGCUGUGGAAGGAGCCUGGUGGAGAGCUCAGGUCAUUACCUUCUACAAAGACACGGAUGAAGUGGAGAUCAGAUACGUUGAUUAUGGAGGCUACGACAGGGUGAAGAUGGACUCGCUGCGGCAGAUCAGGUCUGAUUUCGUGACACUACCAUUUCAAGGAGCAGAGGUCCUGCUGGACAACAUCACCCCUCUCCCAGGGGAGGAUCGAUUCACAGCAGAAGCUACAUCAGCGUUGGAGGAAAUGACCAGAGGUGUUCCUUUGCUAGCACAGGUCUCAAACUACGAUAACAACACGGGUCUUCCACUCAUCCAUUUAUGGAACAUGGUUGGAGAAGAGGUGAUUUCAGUGAACCGGACCCUGGCAGAGAGGAACCUGGCUGUUUGGGUUGAUGGAUUCUGAAUUCCUGGUGUCGUCUCAUCCUCACACACCCAUCCUCCUAAAUUAUUCUCAUUUGGUCAACAGUCAGAGGAACCAGAACCCACCAGGCACUGGUGGAUCUGAGAAGACCCACCCCCCCUCAGCUGUGUUCCCCUCCCCCCACUUUGAUUUUUGUCUUUUUCUUUUUUGUUUUCAACAAACUAUAAACUUGAUUUCAGGCAUAAUCUACAGGGACGCAGCACUACUUCUACUAAACCAAGCUUUUGAUCAUGUCACACGAAGUUAGAGAAAGAAAAAAAGAUCAUUUUUAAAACAAAGUAAACUGUAAUAAAAUAAAAGGAUCAUUUGAAGUGUUUUAGCCCACAUUCUUCUUUCAUGUGUGAUCACAGUGGAUUAUCAAGCUGCAGGUGCAGUCCUGGUCCUGGUCCAUUUCUGAGUAAAGUCAGUGUGUGUGGGGGAGAUGAUGGCCUUUCUGUGAACUUGUCUGUCCAAAGACAGAGGAGUGGUGCACCUCAGAGGGACCAGUGCUCACAGGUCGCCCUGUGUCUGACUGAAAAAGAUGAUUCUGUAAUGCUUGACUGAAACCCAGGAACAUAACGGUUCACUGUUGGCACAUCUUCAGUCCUUCAAACGUAGAACGAAGGACUGUUUUAAUCUUGAAUCGGUCCAGAACUGUAAAUCCACUCGGUGUGAAUUAAAACACUCUGAGGAAAAGAAGGCUGCUAGAUGUUUGUGUUGACUUCUGCUGUACUGUUUUUUUUUUUUUUUUUUGGGACAUGAAGCUUCUCUGACUACGUGAUCAUGGUGGGUCUUUUUAAUGUACACACUUCCAUGAAACUGAAAUCUGACAUUUUAGCAAUAAGGCAGCUUUAUUUUGAAUAAUGAAGAGGGACAUGGGUGAAACGUUUUUUUUUUUUAUUUUAUUUGACAUUUCAGAUAAACUGUUGUGAAACAACACUAAAAACCAGAGUUUUCAACAAGGUUCCUCAGGAAUGAUCUGAUCAACAAAGCGAACUGCAGACGUGCAGCUGAGGAGAUGUAAUGUCAUUGUGUUAGGAAACAUUAGGUUUGGGACGUAGGACGAAGGUUUUCACCCCGAUCAUGAUUUUAGAAACGUAUCCGGAUGUUGCUGCUGGAUUUGGAGCAGUAGAUGCUUCCCCUUAUUUUGAAUCACAAUUUUAUUUUAAUGCACUUACGGAUUUAUUGAACCUAUGACAUGCCUCCUCACAGUCCCUUUACCACAUCUUAGGGUUUGUUCAUUUUUCUGUAAAUAAGGAAAUUGACUGUACGUUUAUAUAACACUGGGACGUAAAAGAUUUGAAGGGAAAUAUACUAUUUUUGUUUGUUUAGUUUGACAUUCUGCCCAUUCCUCUGUGCUCUCCAGCUGAGAUUGUAUGGUGGUGUGUAGCUAGAAACGUAAUUUGAUUUUUCAAAUUAUGGGUGUUAAACAACUGUGCCCAAAAGCAUUUAAAUAACUUGUACAAAUCAGAUUUUGCUAGACUCACCUUCAAUUGAUUUGUUGAUUGUACAGAUGUAUAAGGGACAAAAAAGAAUAAAACUUAUUCAAAGUGU